AUGAUAACAUGUCCCGUUUCUCCACCAGUGGCUAUUGUUCAAUGGUUUUAUCAGGAUAAAGCUAUUUCAGAUGAUAAUCAAUGGAUCACUGUUAAUGGAACAUCAUUAAUCAUUGAUGAAUUUCAAGUGGGAGAUGAUACCAAUUCACAUGAAGGGACUUACUAUUGUGUGGCUACUACAUCAUUGGGAGCCUUAGUCAGCCAACCAGCAACGUUACAACUUCCACAAUUUUCUGGUUUUACUACAAAAUCAAGCAACAUAACUGUGGAAGUAAUUGAGGGUGGAGCAGCUUUAUUUCCUUGUGGACAAGUUCAAAGUGUCCCCAGGGCACAUCUUAGUAUUGAAAAAAUUGAUAACGCUAAGGUUAUCAUGAAUAACACAUUUGUGUUACCUUCCAACAAUUUCAUAAUGAAUAAUGUCCAUAUUGAAGACAGUGGGACCUAUCAGUGUUUAGCAACCAAUCCCGUUACAAAUGAGACGGCUGCAUCUAACCAAAUGAUUGUACUCAGUGUAAUACCUCUUGAAUCAGCCCAAAAUCAAUCUCCCUACAUUUUUGGAGCAACAAAACCAACAAUUAUGUGUGUCAAAGAAGGUGACACAAUUAUAUUAGAAUGUGCUGCUUUUGCAAAACCAGCUCCAAAGAUUACCUGGAAAAAAUAUGGUGGCCAUUUAUUAAAUAUUAAAAAAGAAAAUUCCUUUGCAAGUAAUUUAGUGAUUAAAAAGGUUCAUCAUCGAGACAAAGGAACAUAUAUUUGUUUAGCUGACAAUGGAAUUGGAAAUAAAGUUCAAAAAGUGUUUCAAAUAGAGGUUUUAGAGCCUCCAAAAGCAGAUGAAGGACAUGUUGUAGUUGAAGAGGGACAUAAAGCAAUUUUAAGCUGUGUAACAAAUAACAAAUCAAACUUUUCUAUUAAGUGGUUCCAUAAUGGUAAACAUCUGACAAAGAGUAAAAACAUCCGAAUUCGAGAUACAUCAUUAGUGAUUAAGUCAAGCCAGCAUGAACAUGCUGGCUUAUAUCAGUGCAUGUUUCACAACCAAAUGGGACAUUCUUAUGCAGUUAUUCAACUUGAAAUAAAAUCAACUAACAGAGCAGAAGAUAAAAAUACUCAACUACAACCAAAUGGCAAAGUUGAUAAAAACAUCAAAAGUGAUUCUCAGGGUGGAUCAUCUGAUAAAAUUAAAAACACAAAUAUGGUUCCACCUUCAAAACCCAAAGUAACUAAACAUUCAGACACAUCUGUACUAGUGGAGUGGACAGUCCCUGCUAAUGAUGGAAUGGCUAUCACAUUUUUUGUUGUGCAAUACAAGGAAGUUUCUCCCAACAAAGGAGAAUGGCAAACAGAUGAUGAACAGAUCCCACCCAAAGUUCGGAAAGUCACUGUAGAUAGACUUAGGCCUGGUGGCACUUAUAAGUUCCGGAUAGCAGCUGUUUAUUCCAACCAAGACAAUGCAAUGGGAAUAAAUUCUGAACGCUUCACUUUAGUGGCAGAUGGUGACCAUAUCUCUGAGAAAAGGCUGGUGCAAGGACCAACUAUUGUGAAAGUAGACAAACUUGUUGUAGAUAAAAACUAUGCAUUGGUCGUUGAAUGGAAAUAUAUCCAUGUGAAGUCAACACCUAUUGAUGGUUUUAUCAUCUUCUAUAAGCGAUAUGAUGAGAAUGUUGCCUAUACAAAAAUAACACUUCAUGAACCAGAAGUGCGUAUGCAUAUCAUACGUAAUUUGGAACCUGCAAAGGCUUACAGCAUCAAAAUGCAAUGCUUUAAUAAAGUCAGUUAUAGUGUGGACAGCAAUCAUGUAGUCAAAAAAACAUCUUCACCAGAAAAUUGGGAAGACACUAACUACAUUCCUCAUGUACCUUCUUUACCUUCUGGAUAUCACCCAAGAACAAUUUGGACGUCUACUGUUAGCUCCAAAGAUAAUUAUGAAUCAACUAACAGUACUCAGUCUAGCAGUGAAUUGCUUUACAAGAUUUUGGGAGGCAUUCUCGCUAUCAUGGUACUUGUCUUGCUGAUGCUUAUGGCAAUGUGCUGCAUAAAACAACGCCAGCAAAGAAAUAUGAUGGCUGCUAUGAAUUCUUGCGAACAUAAAAAGUACAUGAAUGGAGGCCAUUAUCCUGUAAACGGUAAUAUUAGUAAUGGUCAUAUUGGGCAUCAUACACAUCAUAGCAGAAAUUACCGACACCAAAUAAGUGGUCAAUCAAUAUCUAAACCCUAUGCCUUUAAUGACAUGAUUGACAGCUAUACAUCAACUCCAGCCUGUUCAAAAUCAUUGCAUAUGUAUCACAGUGACAUCAGCAGUGAUGUGUAUGAUGAUAUGUACAAUCAUUUUUCUCAAGGAGAUAGCAAUUGUAAUAGCAUUGACCAGUCAAAAAGUCCUCAAAUCAUGCAAGUAAAGCAUCUUGGAUCAGACAUCAGUCAUCUUACAACCAGUUUAUUAGAUGUUGACACAGAAGAAUCAGCAAUAGAACAUGUAUCUUCCUCACACAAAAAGAAAUCUGAACAUAUUUUGCCUUCUCCAAAUGGAGUUUCACCAAUUUAUGAUUCUUAUGAGAAAGUAAACAAUAAUGCAAACAGCAGUCACAAUAUUUGUGAUUCUUUAGAUAUGAUUCCAAAUACAAAAGAACAUUCACAGCCAUGUGAUAAUUUUUUGGUGAUUAAUAACUCUUCACACUAUUUGCACAGUUCUAAACCUAAAAAGAAACGAUGGCAACAAUAUUUGCAUGAACAUUCAACUCGAGACCAAGCAACUAAUACAGACAUUAGCAGCAAUGAAGGUACACUGGAGCUUUCCCCAAUCAAGAAGCACCUUUCAAAUACUGACAAAAAUGAAAUUCCACCUUCAAAUUACAGUUUGUCAUCAAACUCUAAACCAGUAUGUAGCAUAGACCCUACAAUACUGGAAGAAAAUGUAUGUUAA